CAGAGCAUUCGGAAUGAAGAAAGAGCUUAGGGAGAGGCAUAAAGGCAUGACAGUAUGUGCUGCUUUCAGGGAAAGUCAAGACUGCUGUGACACAUCAUGAGAUAAAUAAUUGUUACAUUUCUCAUUUCAGGGAAAGAAAAGUGGGAAGUCAAGCCAUUCAAGGUCAGCGAGAGGCUGUUUUAGAAAGAAAUGAAAUGAUAAAGCUACAAAAGAAUAAAGUUCUCAAGGAAAAACUAAAGAGAAAACUGCCAGCUGACUCCAGGGUUCUGGAAGACUCAGAGCUGGUGUACACGGUCAGCGCCCAGGAGUACUGGCAGCAAGCUCUCCUCACCGAGGAGGAAACUGAGAUCCCCAAGUUAAGAGAAUAUAUCAGGAGAAGGCUCUUGGAUAAGAAGAGGAGGAUGGUGACCAAGUAUGUCACUGAAGCUUUUGGCCUGUUGCUGCUUACGGACAGUUUCAGCUGCACGGACAACCUGCCGAGCGAAUACUUGCAUGUGAGUGGCCUGCGGAGAUCUGUGGAAGAGAAGAUACAGCUGCUGGAGAAGGCCAUCGACCAGUGCUUUGCCCACAUAGUGCAGCCUCUGCAAGAAGGGGUCCGAAAUGCCAGGAGUUCCUACCAACGGAUCCUUGGGGCAUGCCUGGUGAGGAGUAGAGGAAACCAGGGUUUUCACCAGACUCUGAAAGCGGUUUGCCUGAAAAACGGUAUCUAUGCCUCCAGGACUCUUGGGAGAAUAGAUCUGAACGAAGCCAUCACGCAGCCCAUCUAUGAACAGAUUGAUCCCGUUUUUGGAGGCAUUUUUAGGUCUGGGAAGCCCACUGAUGGUUCAGCUCUGAUGCCCCACAUAGAUGCUUUUAAGCACUCUCUGCAGGAGAAGAUGAUGGAAAUUGGGAUAAGAAAUGGCUGGAAAUAUGAUGGCUAUAAAAAGAGUUUCCUGAUCCAGGAGAUAAGCGCCAUCCUGGGAGGCCUGGAGGGACACAUCCUCAGAAAGAAGAGGAGGAUUUAUGAGUCUCUCAGCACCUCUGUUCAGAACGACCUGAAGCCCUGUUACGAAGAAAAUGGUGCUACAUGUAUGAAUAUAUAUAAGUGUAUGUAUGUAGAGGCAGCUCAGAUCACCGGCAAAAAAGCAUGUGAAAGAAUGAAAGAUGUCCUUAGAAGAGGGCUGGACCAGCAGGUGGCCGAGGGCAUGUUCGAACGGGCUCAAGAAAGGAUGCAGCACCAAUUUCACCAGCUGAAGUCCAAGGUACUGCUGGCUGCCCCCCAGCCCAGGCCCCAAGGCAAUAGGGUUUCCAAAUUCAUCAGCCUCAGUCCAGGUUUAGCUGACUCUCUCCCAACCUCCAGAGGACCCCGGCUCCUUGCUAUUUCCAACCACCUCUGAACCAGCCUGCUUCCUGAAACCUGCUUCUGCACAAUCUCCUCUCCCCGCAUCACCACAGUUUUGGAAAAUACCUUUCUCCACAAUACAAGGCAUGUAAUAUCUCUCGGACCAGGCUAAGAGGUAUCUCAUUUACCAGGCGUGGUUUAGUUUCCAUCAUUUAACAUAUUACCACCGACUACAAAUACUUGCAGAAAAUUUGCCAAACUCCACAGCUGCCAAUCCCCACUGAAUGUAUAAAAACCGGCCCUUAAGGUGCCCAAGAAAACAAUUCCACUGAAAAAUGAUUAGCACGUUGAGCAUGUACAAAUGUAUCUUAAAUGACAGCAGUGCAGGAAGGUGAA